AUGAGACAAGACACUAUCAUCGAGCUUCCAGUGACUGAAGGCUAUACAGUUGAUGAUGUGACAGGAGCACCUCUAUCCAGUUUUCCUACGUCGAGCGACGCACUCAGUUCCAAUAUUCUCACGGAAUUCCUUGCGAAAUACAAUGGAUGA